ACCGCUAUCUGUCAGAGAAAAACAUCCCACAGCUGAAUUCCGCUACUUUGUCUCGCCGCUGUUUGAUUGUUAUUUUUCGGGUUAUUUUUUAGGACUCUCCGGACACACAGAGAGAGAGACAUGCCCGGACAGAGGUAACCGUCCCCGGGCUGCUGCUGCACCCUCAGCCGGCUGAAGGACAGGAGCAGGACGGACACACGCAGAUGGAGAGGCCGAGCAGGCUGCUGCUGCUGUCCGAGCUCCGCGUCAGAAACGCGGGGUGCGACGUGAGCCUGAGCCGGUCCCUGCUCACUUGGAAGAGACGGACCUCCAGCCCGGUGUACCACCCGUUCAGACCCAGUGUGUCUCACAGCGUGUUGGUGUCAGAGAUCAUCUCUGUCAGAGAGGAAGAGGAGGAGAACAGUAGCGGAGGAAGAGACGAUGGCAGCUGGAAAAAGAUCAAAGAGAGAGAAGGAAAGGACUGCAGGCAGGCCUUCACAGUGUUGUACGUGGAGAGGAGUCAGCAGCACCGCUGGCGGUGUGCUGAGGUCACCUUCACCUGUCCAGAGGGGGCGCUGUGUCAACACUGGGUCAGCAGCAUCAGAGAGCAGCUCGCCGCCAUCGCCAGCAGACCCAAACAGCUGCUGGUCUACAUCAACCCGUACAGCGGGAAGCGGCAGGGAAAACACAUCUACGAGCAGAAGGUCGCCCCGCUGUUCGCCCAGGCAGGCGUCUCCACGCAAGUCAUCGUGACGGAGCACGCCAAUUAUGCAAGGGACCACCUGAGGACGGAGGCGGAGCUGAAUAAGUUUGACGGGGUGGUGUGUGUCGGGGGGGACGGCAUGUUCAGUGAGAUCAUCCACGGGCUGAUCUGGAGGACGCAGAUAGACGGCGGCGUUGAUCCAAACUGUCCGGAUGAAGCUCUGCUCCCCGGCUCGCUUCGCAUCGGAAUCAUUCCUGCAGGUUCAACAGACUGCAUCUGCUUCGCCACUGUGGGCGCCAACGACCCCAUCACCUCAGCGCUGCACAUCAUUGUGGGAGACUCUCAGCCGAUGGACGUGUGCUCCGUCCACCACAACAACACCUUCCUGCGAUACUCCGUCUCUCUGCUGGGUUACGGAUUCUACGGCGACGUGCUGACCGACAGUGAGAGGAAGAGAUGGAUGGGACCAGCCAGAUACGACCUCUCGGGUGUGAAGAUGUUCCUGACUCAUCACUACUAUGAAGGAACGGUGUCCUACCUGCCGGCCAGAGGCAUCAUGGGAACGCCGCGGGACGCCGCCAAGUGUCGAUCCGGCUGUGUGGUUUGUCAGCACAACGGGCAGCUAAAUUCAGAGAAAGCUGAGCGGUACGAGGUGGAUGAGGCAUCGGACAGCGAAAGUGACAGCGAGUGGAGGACAAUCAGAGGGAAGUUCCUGGCCAUAAACGCUGCCAGUAUGAGCUGUGCUUGUCCUCGUAGCCCCAAAGGCCUCUCCCCCGCCGCUCACCUGGCCGACGGCACCACUGACCUCAUCCUGGUCCGAAAAUGUUCCCGCUUCGACUUCCUCAGACACCUCCUACGGCACACCAGCAAGGACGACCAGUUUGACCUGAACUUUGUUGAGGUCCACCGGGUGCGGCGUUUCCGCUUCACGCCGCGUCACUGCCAGAGCGACUCAGAUCUGGACCUGCGGGAGAGCGGCAAACACCAAAUCUUCAGCCAGAUCUGCCGAGACCACCCGGCCUGCAGCUGUGCCCCCGUCUACAGCAGCUGGAACUGCGAUGGCGAGAUCCUGACCCACACGGCCAUCGACGUCAGAGUGCACUGCCAGUUGAUCAACCUGUUCGCACGAGGGAUCGAAGAACCGACGGUGUUUGAGGAUCUCGCCAACCCCUGUGCAAUAUAGGGCCACACCCCCAUUAUUCCCUGUCGGACACUGGAUUCGUCUCUCUGUUUUCGGCCUCGACCUACGUCACUGUUGCUGCCGCCAUCAUGUGACACUCACCACGUCUUUCAACAGGAGGCUCGACAGGAUUUACCGAGUUGUGCUGUUACUCAACAAAGAUAAGCAGUAGGGAAGGAGACAAGUCUUUACUUUCUGGGUCUGACACGCCAACAUUUCCCCACAGACAGGAAGUGAGAUGCAGUUUCCUUAGAACGUCUUGCAACAGCUUUAAAUGCAUUCUCCAGAAUCUAGCAGCUGUUCUUAAGAAAUAAUCGGGUAAAUAAUUGACUUGGAGAGUAAAGCUUAACCCUCAGAUUGUGUUCUAGUUCAAAUCGUUGGUGUUGACGGGUGUCUGGCACCUGAUUUAUUUGUCCUGAAACUGAGCCGUUGAGGUUACAAAUCCCUGUAACAGUAACACAAUGUAAACAAACAACAUGGAUUUGUUUUUGCGUUGCCCAGAACAUUGACCUGUGUGUCACUGCCUAUAGAGUCCACUGAAGUACUCAAAUCUGGUUUUAAUCUCAAGUCCGGUGUGUUUUUCUGUUGACUUAGACUUGUUUUGGGUCAAAUAGAUGUUUUGACUUUGACUAAUCUCGUCUCUCGGGCUCGUCUCUGUCUUUUGGCUGUUUUUGCUUGAACUUGUCUUGACUCGAGCUUUAGUCGGCCUUCUUGGUAUUUUGAAGUGGACUUGUCUGGGUGUUUUGACUUGGAGCUGCCUUGACUCGUACUUGUCUGUCUUGUGGCUGUUUUGACUGACUUGUCAUGCGUGAUUUGACUCUGCUUCGUCUCGGUGUCGGCCACCACCUGUUACAGACUCAACCGAGUCCAGAUGUUUGUUUAGCAGACUGGAGUCAGCUGUUACGGGUCUUGACUCAGACUCAACCCUGUUUGGACUCAGCUUUGACUUGAUCAGAAAACUGCUGAAUAAUGGUUAAUAUUGCCUUUUGUAUUUGUGAUUUUAUUCUGUUGAAAUACUCAACUCCUGUCUUGGUCUACAGAUGUUUUAUUCUUAUACCUUCUGACUCGUUAUGGUCUCGCCGAUCGUUUAAUUUCUGCCUUUUUUGACUCUGACUCGUCUUGAUCCUCACCACCAGACAUUCUCACCUGUUAAUGCCAUCUUGAUAUGAGCUCGACCCCUAUUUGGACUUGAAAUUGCUCGAACUUGGAGUUGCUCGAACUUCACUCAAAUAGUCUGUAAACUAAUUUCUAGAUUGACUUUUAUUUGCUACGUUUGUCAUUGUAUUUGUCCACGUUCUUCAUUAGUGCUGUGGUGCUUCAAUCAGGCGUUGAGUCCGGUCUCAAGACGUUUUUUUCUAUUAACCUUACUCUGUCGUUUAGAUGAUUUCACUCUGAUUUUUCUGAGUUUCAUAUUUAUUUAGCUUAUAAAAAUAUUGAAAAUUGUUACAGAAAUUUUAGCUUCUUUGCACUUUUAAAUCAUUUGGAACGAUCAUGGAUUUUGAAUUAUCUGUUACAUGUGUUAAGGAUGCCAGACACCUGCCAGUCAUUCCUCGGGUCAUGUAGUCAUUAGGGGUCAGGGGCUUCAUGGAAAAUACAAAGUGAAUCCCCUGCACAUGGUCAGUACUUAUAAUGCUGACAGGGCAUUUAUUUUCCAGCAGCUAUGUUCUUCAGCUGUGUGAAGAUUUCUUUUACUUCUCGAUUAGAUUUUCCAUAGAAAAACCUGAGCUCAAUCAUACCUAUGACAUUUCUAUUUUUGAUGAUUUUAAUUCCCAGCUAUUCAGAAGUGAGUCGGUGAAGCUGGUCGUUGCUGAGUAAACGGAACAGCGCAUGCAUGAAUGUUUUUAAUCUUCCAUUUCUGCUCAAUAUGCAAAUGAACACCAAUGUGUCACUCAAACUGUGCAGAUAUUCUGUCUUCAAAAUCAGCUGAAGGUGUAGCUGUAACUUCAACAUGCUCCCGGUGUGCAGUUAUGUUUUAAAGAUGUUUAUCAGCUUUAUUUUGUUUUGUAAAACCUCAAGUCAAUAAUCUGAACCUUCCUCAAAUCAAACAUGAGUCACAUGCAACAAAAGACCAAGAGAAUACUAAAACACCCCAAAAAAACACAGAAAUGUCUCAACAACUAUUGGAUCGAGUGCCAGGGUGGUUGGUUGAGAUAUCCGUGCUCUUGUCGAGAGAGAUCCUUUUACAGCUUGUAAACAAUGAUGACGUACGUUUGACGAUGGAAGUACUGCAGAGUGCCAAGUGUCAAGCUAUGCAAGGACAUUAACCACCAAAGAUGGCGAAUGCAACCAAAACAAAUCUGUGUGCUAUCAGUGACUGAGUAGAAUACUUUAGCAAGUGGCCCAAUAUUUAGUGGCCAGAUAUAAACGUGUAGCGUAACAGCAGCGAGACAUUAUGAGCUACAAGUCACUAGAUGCUUCUAAUCAAGUUACUAUAGAAUGUCAAACACCACGAUAGAGACUCAGAGGUUUGACUUCAUUCAGGCUUUAAACGGUCCAGUUGUAGCCAACACGGUUAAUAGCUUGCCGCCGUAGACUGUGCCGAUGUUUCGGGUUAAACCAGUGACAGUGUUAACUGGUGACUCUCAGCUGAAUGUGCGUUUAGACAGCUCAGGCCAAACACCACCUCUGUAGCGAACAUGCAUACUCUAGCAUUAGUGAUGGCUAACAUGUUUGGGGGCUCAACAUGUUUUUGUCCUAAUACUUAACAUCAAACAAUCAAAUCGGAAUUGGUCACAACUAUUAGAAUAUUACUUCACACAAAACAAAAUGUUGAAUUGUAUUGUGUUACUGGAAGGUUCGCAUUAUUGACAGGAAGUUUUGUGAAUUCUUGUUUAGUUGACGGAAGCUGCGCUGUAGAGUCCAGUGUUGAUGGUCAACAAUCUGCUCAAGAGGAUGAACCCUUUCCUCUUCCACCUCCCUCGGGGCAAAUUGGCCAUUUUUAGCUUCACUAGAAGCUGCAAAUCAUCAAGAUAUUCUUUGCAAAUGUAUUACAAAUAAUAUGAGGUUUUCUUUUUCCAAACCACUUAAAGAGCUCCAUUUGUCUGGACAGGAAGUCGGGUACCAGCACUGGACUGUCGGACUGUAGAUGCUGUUUCUUUGUGUUUUUGUUUGUUUGUUGACGAGCAAUCCUGUUUCCUCUCCGCUGACGUCGAGCUGGACUCGAACUGACGGAGGAGGGAACCAGUAGCAGCUCACGGUGCUCAUGAACACCAGCAGGCCAAAUACCGGCCGGGGUUCAAUGAUGUAGCUGUGUCUGUCUGUGACAGUUGUAGCUCAGCCUAGAGGACCUCACCAAUCAAAAGAGAAUCAGAACCCUACGUACAUGCAUUCAUUUUAAAGGAUGUGACGGAUUCAAACUGUCUCAUGUGGAUUAAUCUCUUAGCGCUGUAUCGAUACAAUCAGAGUCUUAAUAUUUGCUGUAAAACCUCCAAACAACAACAAACCAAAUGUGUUAAUCGUGUGCACACAAAGGUCGACUGGUGAUGGACUGAGGUGGUCUUUUAGUUAGAGGAUAAGACUUAUUUAUUUACAUUUAGCAAUCUAAUUAUGAAUUAAAUGUCUUUGUGCCUCAGUAUAUAGAUUUAGUGCCCGGUGAAACCAUAAACUCUCAUUCAUGUUUUUUUUGUGAUAAUAGUUGGUGCUGGAGAGGUAAAUACCUGAGUGAACCUGCUAACCCUAGUCGGCUAUAAUCUCGUAUUAUCUAGCUAAGUUGCUAAGAGUUAGCUGGCUUGCUACUAGCUAAUGUCGCGUUCACAAUUCGUACACCAAAAAGGCCCAGUCACACACAAAUAAGUGCAAUGAAGAAAUUCUCAUGUACUUAAUGCGCAUCUUGAUGAAAAAAUGGCUUUAAAAGCUUGGUGAUGUAGUGACUACACUGUAAAAAAAAAAGUAAGUUUUUAUGUGAUCGGGUCUUAUUUACCAGCAGCCAAGUGGGAAAUUACAACAUGACACUAUAAUAUCUCCCAAUUGGUGAAAAUAACUUCUAGUUUCCAAAAACAUGCGGUUUUCUUGCUUCCAUUCUGCAGACGUAGUUUCUACUAGUUAGCCGUUGGUUAGCUAGCUAUGCUAACCGGAGAGUAACGCACAGUUAAUUGACAAUGCUGCAUGACGUACAGCUAACAUGACUUUACCGCUCUCUAUUCCGGUCAACACUGUCGAGGUGGUUUGAAUGUCUUCUUACAAAUUAAAUUCACUCCCGUUAAUCCACUGAUUGUUAAGAAAUUAACAGAUUUUGUCAUUACAUUUUGCAGUUAUACGAAUGCUGGGACCUUAAAGCAGUGCAGUAAAAUAUGUAAUAACCUCGAUAAUGAGAUGUAACCAGAUCCUCGCUGGUGUUGUAUCGGGUAUUUUACUAACAGCAUGUAGAAUGUGUAGAAUGAAGGAUUAGCUUUGCAAAUAAUGAAUCUUUUUAGUAAAUUAGUUUAAUCUAUAAAAUCUGAAAAGUAUUUCAAAUGUCCAUCUUAAGUUUCCAAAGUGGUUUUUAAAACUCCUGGAAUGACGUUUUCUUCAGUGAAGCUUCUCCCAUUUUAAACCUCUCUAACUAACGGAAUGUUUUGAAGGCUAUAGUUUAAUCCGACGCUGAACAUUCGUUUGAUUUAAUGUGUCUGUCGACCUUGAGCUGUAACUGAUCUUUUCCUUCUGCUGUAGCUGUUUCUAUUAUCAGGAAUAAAAAAAAACAUUCAACA